AUGCAGUACGAGACAACCAACGGGCUGUGCGUGGUUGUUGCCGAAACUCAUUGCGGAUGCCGGCUGCAGAGGUUUGUCGCGCAGCAUUUUCGCGAGGUACUCGGGCGCAGGGGAGGUGCCAUGCAUGUAAACGUUCGCCAGGAAGCAGCUGCUGCAUGUCAAGAUGGCAGAGUCUUGGUCAAUGGCCAGGUGGCUGCAGGUCGUCGCGUUGUGCUUAGCGGAGAAGUUGUGAUGUUGCGGACUGACUGUGGCGCGACAUCACGCCCAGAUGAUUCUAACAUCGCUUGUGCUGGGACGAAGCGUGGCGCUCCCAGAAUGCAGCUCGUGUGCGAUCCUGUCGAAGUGGAGCGUGUGAAGCAGGCAACUGAGGGAGGAUUGGCUAAAUUUCGGUUGUACUACAGGGAUUUACAGCUGGCCAUCGGCUCGGGAGACUGGGAACAAUGCGAGACACUAUUCGGACGUCCUGUGCCUCUUAGCCUGCGCUUGAACCGAUCCCCGUUGCAUGCAGAAACGCUCUCUGCAUUGACCGAGAAGCUGGGUCAAAGGGCGGAAUUCGUUCCCUGGAUGGACGAGUCUGGUGGUGCUUUGCAUGUUGUACCCACCACAAAUCCCGACGAAGCUGCAGCUGGUCUGGAGCUUGUAAACACCUUGGCUUCCACAGGGGAGGUGGUGGUCCAAGAUGGGCUCUCCAUGCUGCCUGUGGUCGCACUCGAUCCACAGCCAGGUGAUGCAGUCUUGGAUCUGUGCAGUGCUCCUGGAAGCAAGGCCUGCCAACUGCUAGACUUUUUGAGACCAGCCCAUGCAAGCGAAGACUGGAGUCUUCUUGUUGCCAACGACGUCCGCACGGAAAGAUCCGAGCGAACCUGGUCUAGAGCAAAGGCUCAGCGGUGUACCCCCUUGCUCGUUACGAAUAUGGAUGGGACUUGUUUUCCCGACUUGCUUGGCCCGCGCGCUUUCGAUCGCAUCUUAGUGGAUGCUCCCUGCAGCUCAGACGGGACAAUUCGCAAGGAGCCGAAGCGGCUACAGCGCUGGAGUGUGGGGUCUGGGUUGAGCCACCACGAGCUGCAGCUGCGCCUUUUGCGCAGGGGCCUCUCUUUGCUCAGACCUGGCGGAAGACUAGUAUAUUCGACAUGCUCACUAAACCCGCUGGAGUGCGAAGCGGUGGUGCAAGCAGCUUUGAUUGAGAAUGCCCCGGGAGUGCACCUCUUGCCUGCAGAAGCGGUUCUGCCGGAAGGGUGUCCCAGAGGACUGCCUGGUUUGAGCACAUGGCGGGUCCCAGACCCCAGUUUUAAUUCCACAGAGCGCUCUUACCAAUCUACGGAAGAGUACGCAUGCGGAGCAGAUGUGCCCAGCCUGUUGGACACGAUGUUCCCCUUGUCUGCAGAGCGAUCCAUGGAGUCGUCGCUGCAUCACUGCGCCCGAUUCCUGCCCAUUCAUGGGCCCCAUUUCGGGGGCUUUUUCUUGGCGGUCUUCACGCUGGAGGAGACUCAAGCACAUUUGACGCAUGCAUCGGCGAUUCAGCAGCCAGGAAGAGCUUUGCAGCCACUCUUCCCUCGAUUUGAGUUGGACGACCCUGCCUUCAAGGAAGUGGUGGACUUCUUCGGCUUAUGCGGACACCAAUUACACCAGUUGGUGUCAUUUCCGAAAGAUGUUGUCAGUUUCAUUGGCGAGCGACUUCUAGCACUGAGUGAGCCCUCUGCAGAUCUGGCCAUUCUACAUGCUGGAACGCCGAUCUUGCACAAGAUGGCAGCCUCAGCUGAAGGGGUGCCCUUCAAGUGGAAGAUUUGUCCAGAAGGCGCCGAGUGCCUGGCCAUGUUGGCCACAAGGAGAAAGGUGUACCCCGAGGAGGACGCAUUGCAGCUUCUGUUGCAGCAUCGCGUCGGGCCGUGCAGCGAGCCUGAUGGACCCGUGUUGGUACGAGUAUCUUUGGACAACGACACAGAUUCAGACCGGGAGGUGUGGCUGAGUGGGGAGUCCUCCGAUGGCCGCCUGACCUUGGAUUCGUCCGGAGCCAGCAGCCUUGUGGUCAGAAGCUUGGCAGAUCACCAUGGAGUCAAGCUCCCCUUGAUGAAUUUCCGAAGGUUCGUGGCAUACCAGCUCAUCAACCAUGAGGUGUCGUUGUAUUGCUCCUUGUCCGAGCGGACGAUUUUUCUGAACCUGUGCCCGCUCUUCGCUUUGUUCAUCGAGCCCCUCGUGCUCCCGUCGAACAUCUCCAGAGGCUUCAAUGUGACGUUCUCAUCCAAGAUGUCACUGAUCACCAUGGCCUUUGGGGCCCUCCUGUUUAGUCUGCAAUAUCCGGAAUUCUCUGCAAAUGGGGCGCGAGCAGCUGGACUUCUCGUGGCUGUUGUUCUGCCAUAUAGGCUCCUCCAGCGGAUGCUCCUGGCCGAAUGCAAAGAGGCGCCCGCGACCCUGCUGUGCGCAUUCGAUGGUUUACUCCUCACUCUGCCGGCCGGAGUCCUCACCACCGUCAACGAGCGAUUUUUUCUGGAAGCCUGGAAUGUCUGGCUUCACAAUCCGUCAAUCAUGCUGAUGCUGGCCUUGUCCGUCUUCGCCUUCGUGGGCAAUCACUUGGCAGUCCUCUAUCUGCUGAAGGCUACGUCGGCCACGUCCACCCUCGUUUUUAGCAAUCUUUCGAACUUCAUCGUGGUGUUCGAGGGCAUCGUAUUCUUUUCAGAUCCAGUCCUACAGGCUCCGCUCGUCAUGGCCGGUAUCAUCUUCAGCCUCUUCGGAGGUGUGUGGUAUGCUGUCGAGCAGCAAGAGUCCCGCAAGAGCUUUCAGGAUUCCACCGAAUCGCUAGUUUCCGGUUUCAGCGCUAUGCCAGAUGCGCUGUCGCAUCUGGUUGUGGCUGGUGCUGGUUGCGACGAUGUAAAUGGAGUUUAUGAGCUUCAAGAGGGCUUUCUCUGUGAGGGUUGUCCAGUAUACGGCAACCUGAGCGAUUUCAGCUUGACCGUGUGCCAGGGCCCAGCUGCUGACACGGGCAAGCUGCAGUGGGGAUGGAUUCUUGGAAGGUCAGGUGUGCCAGCUUAUGGCUGCCCGACGGAUACCAAGGAAGAGCUACCUUUACAUGGAUGGCAGCCUUUCGAGGGCGAUGCACCUGCACCGACCUUGCGAUGGGUAACAAGUGCCGAUGCGACAGCGGAAGGCUAUGCCCAGGAAGCUCGUCGACGAGCAGCUUCCGGGACUAUCGAAAAUCAGAGACUAGCAGUCAAGGCCUUUCGCCAGUCUUUGCAGACUGUGGAGAAGGAGCGAGCAGACAGGACACAGCGAGCCUUGCUUCACACCGAGCUGGCCGCAUUGCUUCGUACCUUGAGCCGCGAAGACCAAGCUUUAACAGAGGUAGAGGCAGCGCUGCGACUGCGGCACAGCCUGCCGGAAGCCUUGCUGCUCAAGGCCCACUUGCUCAAUGCUGCGAGCAAUGAGGGUGCAGCAGCCUUGGCUGUGAAGCAGUGCUGGAUACAGAUCGAAAGCGCGAACGGGAAGGCCGAUAGCAACACACGGAGGCUACAGCGAGAGUGCAAGGAACUGCUGCAAGAGCUCGCAGAACCAUGUGAUGGGUUGCUGCCGAAAGCCUGGCCGGUCAGUGUUUGCGCAGCUGAAGCGCCGAAGAUGCUGCACGAGGGCGUGAUGGAUUUUUGCAUUGAGGCUGUAGAGUUGCAAGGCUCCAGCAUGGCAGAAAGUGCUGGUGUCUACGAGCCUUCGAGGAAAGUGUCCAAUGGAUUUCCCGUCUUCGAGAACCGAUUCGGGUUUCAGCUAUCCAUGGAGGUGCAAGCAACCAAGGCAGGUGAUGUGAGUGCGGGCUGGAUCGUCGGCAAGAAGAACGUGGGCUUUUUUGGGACCAGGCAACUGGAGGCAAAUCAGUUGCCAUCGAACGACUGGCACUGCUUCCCAGCAGCCAGCAAGGAAUCGGCUCCAACUGUGUGCAGCGUCAAGACAACCCAACUGGAAGAGGACCUUGGGUGGGGUCAUUGGGCCCGUCUUGGAAACUACGGUGGUCCAGCCGAAGCUGCAAGAAUCCUGCCCACAUGUGUCAAUCGACUGGGAAGAGGUGGAGACUUGCGGAGAGCAGCCUGGGCAUUGACUGAACUGGCUGGAGCACAUCGGCAGCUUGGGAAGCUUGCUGAUGCCUCUAUGACAGCAAGGCAAGCCCUGGCCACUUGCCCAAGCUUGCCACAGGCCUAUUUGGAGUUGGCGUGCUGCCUCCAUCACCUAGGCCAGAAAGACGAGGCCGCGGACAUACUGCAGGCGCUACUGGCGCAGCAGCCCAACGACGGACGAGCUAAGGAGGCAUUGCUAUUGCUGGGGCUUGAUCUUUCCUGUCCAAGAGACAUCCCCUGCGAAGUGCCGACGGACGAAAGCACCCAACAGGCAAAAGCUUCCAAAAAUCCUGAUGUCUUGGACUUCACCCUUGAAGAUCAAAGAACUGAAGUCCACGCACAUUGGGUUCUGGCGUCUCUCCGGAAGGCAAAGGACAUCCUGGUUCGAUUCCAGGAGCAGAGGCUUCUUGUGGCUGUCGGGGAAGACACGCUCUUCGACGGUGAGCUGGCACACCGGAUAAAACCGUCUGACUCAAGCUGGACUUUCGCAACUCCCGACCUUACUGUCACGCUUUGUAAAUGCUCUGAAGAUGGGAGGUGGCCAAGAUGGGAAGUGUUGCACAAGGAGGAUCCCGAGGAGCGAUUGCAGCGGCUUGGCGGGUUGCCCUUCGAUGCCAAAGCCAUCCAUUGGAUAUAG